AUGUCAGCACCUCUCAGCUUUCAAGAAGAAUCUCCACCCAUCCUCUCCACUAGAGUUUCUGCACUCAGGAAGUACUUCCCCUUGAACUCUCGAGAGUAUCAUCGCUCGGCGGACGAAUACGCCACCUACCUCAUUCUCCUCGAGGGUCUCUUCCGCUCCCUCGAGCGCUCGGCCCCCUCCAUGCGAUUGCUGCCGGCCUUGCACAGCACCUUACGGGUCCACGACCACCGGGAGGCCGUGCGCCUGCGUGACUUCGUAAGACGCUUUGUGAAGCACCUCUUGGAGCGGCACCACGAGACUCUGAAGGCUUUGCUCCGAAUCUUUUUGGAUCAGUCGUUGGAUGACAGGCUCACGGAGAACAUCCGCUUCGCCAUUAUGGAGAAGUUGGCCUUGCCGCUCUUGUGGGACUUGGUGGCGUCACCACAAAGCUGCAAGGAAUGCUGGCUGGCCCACUGGUCACUCCUCGUGCAGCAUGCGGAUCCGGAUGUGAGCUUCGCCCAGCUGCGGAUGCGCGACGUCGAGGCCUUGAACCUCAAAGUCCAGGAGAUGGCCGGCAUCUACGGCAUGAUCGAAGUCCUCUUCGUGCGCACGGCGCCUGAUCAGCUGAAGGAGCAGAUCAUGCCGGAGCUCCAAAGUAGCCCCUCCAGGGACAUCAUCCUGAUCGCCAAGCGAGCGCUCAAGAAACCCACCGGCUGGGAGCGCGUGGCGCUGCCCAGCCUGCGCCGCUGCCAGCUGCGCAUCUACGCCGCGCUGUCCGCCGCCAUCGGCGCCACACAGACGAAGCAGGAGAUGUACACCGGAGACCUGCAGAUGAUACGGGUUGAGAGAUGGGGAGAGCCCGAGAGCUUCGCGCUUCGCGAGGGAUGGCUUUUUGAGAAAGUGCUGUGGGACGAGACAAUGAUUGAGCCGUGGGAGGGCGCUUCUGGUGCAUCAAUAGCACUGGAUACCUUGAAGCCUGAGAGCAAUUACAACUCCUUCCCCAGGCCCGGCUAUUCCUUCGCCUACCUCUCCGCAGCAGUGCCGGGGCGCACUCCCGCGGCGCGUGCGCGGGCUGCGCGCGGCGCAGAGGAGUCGACGCUGCUGGGUGCAGGGCUUUGGGCUGCUACGCCAGCGCCCAUGACCCAGACCUCCUUGCGCUUCGCGGGCGGGCUAGGCACACUGGGCCGGGCAGCAGCGGCCAAGGCAUCGCAGGAGCUGACGCUGAUGCUUCCGGAGAAGCAGCGGCGACAGCUGGCCACGGCCAGCAAGGGCACGGCCUCGCAGGUGAUCAGCUUAGUGGUGACCGGCUCCUCCGACGGCUUGACGCAAGGUGAAGGCGUGCCGCUGCCACCCGGUGAGGAGGGCCAAGCCCUGCGGCUCCAAGCUGUCCUUGCCGGCCGCCGCUUAAGCGGAGUCGCAGGCGAAACUGAUCGGGGCGCGACGUGGCAAACGGAGUGGCUGGAGCAUGACGAGGUGAUUUUCCCCGACGGCCCGACCAACGAUUGUGCCUUGACGCUCUUCCUCGUGCUCCUCCGCACACUCGACGUCCUCACAGAGCGCUUUGGAGUGCCCAGUGGAGCAAACCACUUGAGUGGCUCAUGGCUGCAGUCGUUGCUGGCCAUCGUGGACAAAGCCUCUACGGACUUCCGACUGCGGAUCUUGUUGCUGAAGGUCUUCAUUCACCGAGCCGAUGUGAUGCAACCCGUUCUCUAUGGGCGAAACGUGGAGAUCUUCCGCUUUCUUCUCUCCAUGUUGUUAGAUCCUCGCUUCGGUGCAGAAAAGCGAUUCCACUAUUUGGCGCGCGAUGUGGUCUCCACUUUGCUGGUGCCAAAGUUGGACUCCGAGGUACAGGCAGUCACGUUGCCGAGGGAUUGCCUGAUGGAUUGCCAGCGCUUGCUACAUCAACUACAGGCGCUCAGCCGGUUCCUGCGCAUCCGUUCCAGCGCUCUCACCGCGCCACACCGCACCACCUACUGGCAGAAGGCGCACCUCGGUAUUUUGCGGCUCUUUGCCGCGCAAUAUUUGAGGCGGGAACAGUUGAACAAUGAGAUGGAACGAUUUCUGGGAUGA